UGUAUAAUAUGUAAGAAGAAGACGGUCGCGCCGCGCGCCGCCACGACUGCCACGGCCUACCGCAGGCCGCCAUGGCGCUACUAUCGGCCGACGCGGUCGCUGUUUUCGUCUUGUCUCACACGACGACGAGCAAUUUUCCAGACUGAAGAAAAUCUAGCCGUUCACCGGCUUCGCCGUGUAAAAAGAGAUUGCGGGACAAACGUAUACAGGAUGGAAGGAGACGAUGGCCCUUCGGCUAUCAGUAGUAAACCUAACGUCAUCAAAGCGGCGCAAGAGCAAAUGGGACGAUUGGAUGUACUAGUAUGCGGACAAUGUCAUUCCGUCUUUCAUUUUAUCGAGGAGCUUCAGGAACAUCGUACAAAGGAAGGAGCUUGCUCCAAAGCAUCACAUUUUCGUGAAAAUAAUGACAAUGUACAAAAAGCACAAGUGUGGGCAUUCUUGUUGUGGAAAGAUUCGCAAAUCCAACAAGAAGGUUCGGAUAAGGAUACACCUAAUGCUUGGAAACUCUAUCAAAAAUGGUGUAAAAUGGAUACGCAUAUAAGAGAUUCAUGGAUUACAGCAGGAAAGACUAUACAAACUUUUACAAAAAUUAGUAAUGCAAAAAUGCAGGAUACACCGAUACAAGUUCAAACAAACACCAAUGUCGAAGGUGCCAAACCGAUAAUAGUUCGCAAAAUUAUUAGAAAUGGACAACCAGAGGAAACGAGCGAAGCUAAAAAAGACACUCCAAAAUUAUUGGAAACAAAAACACAAAAAAAUGAAUCUAUAGAAAUGGAAACAGACAAGAAAGAAAAACCAAAGCUUAAGCCAUCGAUUAAGCCUAAGAACAAAUCUGGCAAGGCAGCUACCGAAGAAGACGCGGAAUCGAGCAACGAAGAGUACGUUGUCGAGAAAAUUUUAGCUAAACGUUUUAAUACGAAAAAGAAAUGCUCGGAAUAUUUAAUCAAAUGGGAAGGCUACUCACAUGAAAAUAAUACAUGGGAGUCUGCAGAGGCUGUAGCAACUUGUAAAAAUAUGUUGGAAGAAUUUGAGCGGAAUCUCGCUAAGCAAAAGGAGCUAAAAGCCGCCCAACAGCAAACUAAUACAAAAGUUGUAGGCCGUGCAAGUUUGCCAGCGCAAAAAUCAGUAAUAAAAACUGAAGUUAAUAAGCCAGGACCGAGUACGGCGACUCAAGCAGGGCGACCAAUGCGAUCUAGUAAAUCAAAAGCAAUGGAUCAAGUCAAGCAAUGGUGUGGCUCGAUGAAAGAAGAAGAUAAUGAACUAUUAGGUAAAAGGAGAAUCGACGAUUCGGAGAGCGACUCGGAAGAUGGUGGAAGUAGCGCUGCAAAGAGAACUAAAGCCGAUACAGGCAGCGACGACGAAUGGACUGGAGAAUCGGACAGUGAUUCGAGAAUGGGCCGUAGCGAUGUGAUUCAACGUGCGUUCAAUCGCGCUAACGCGCAGUCUAAUGGAUCCAAUAGAGCGUCAGUUUCAUCUACGGACUUGGCAACCUCAUUAGGAUUACAAUCUCCCGAAGGAGCAAAAUCCAGCCAACCACCUGUUUUAGUAGCCAAUGCUAAGGGAGUUGUUAAGGUCGAUCCCAAACAAAUGCCGAAUUUAACCUCUGGCGUUUAUGUUAUGUCACGAAAAGAUGGUAUCAUUAAGCUAGAUUCAUCGCCCAGCGGAAAAUUGGCGGUCAAAGGCUCUCCGACGACGCAGGGUGUGUUAAUGGUCCAGAACCGGGACAAUAUAGCGAGGAAACAAGUAAUCUCGACGUCGCAAUCAAGCCCAAUGACUCCUGCGAUGAAAGUUGUUUCAAAGGUGGAUGGUAGCCAAGUAGUAACGCAAAUGAAAGUAGUCACCUCCAAGCCUAUUACGGCAAAAACGCCGGGAAGCGCGCAAAAGACGGAACCUAUAAAGAUACAACCGAAGCCAGAUCCAUCGCAAUUGCCACAAAUACACGUUGUGACUGCAAUGUCGGGACCGAUAGCUUUGCAGCCGAGAAUAACUACAGGCAUAAGACCUGCUUCCGUUACGCCUCAACGAGCGGCGGAUGGUCGUCCUCUAUUGCCCAGACCGGCGUUGCGGGCAACAACAGCAACGAGCGUUCUCGGUACCAUUCGCACGCCCGUUAGAGCACCAACACCGAGACAGAUUCAAACGCAAGCGGCGCGCCCCGUGUUGCAGAAGCGUCCUACGACGACGGUCAUAAGCACGCAGUCGGUUUCGCCGAGCACCGCCGGCACGCCCGUCACGCAAAUCAGGCCGAAAUUCACAGUGCUUACAACACCCGCGCAGCCUAAACAAGUGAUUAAGACAGGAACUAGCCCAGUGCAACAACAAGCACAAACGAAACAAUCUCCGAAAACGCCAGUGGGUAAGGCACAAUCGUUGUUAUCUCCGCAACAAAAGUUAUUAAUGGCAAAGAGAAAGGCCCAAGAAGCAGCGGGUAUAAUUAAAUCGGGUGGUCGUGGACUUUUGGCAGGUGCGCGUGCUGCAGGUACCGCUGUGGGACGAAGCAGGGCGAAAGUAGGUGAGACACCUUCGACGAUUGCUCAGGCAGGAGCAAAACUCAAGGAAAGCAAAUUAGCGGAAGGUGAUGGACUUCACAUGGAGUUUCACGAGGUCGGCUCGGAAGAGAGCAGCAGCGACGGCGAGCCCGAUUUACCACCUCCUCCCGAGUCCGAUUCCGUUACAGUUCCCGAACCUGAUAGUCCGCCACGUCCGUUCACGUUGUGCCCUCUCACAGGACGUAUAAUUGGUCCAGACGGCGAACCGAUCGAACAAACGUCCGAACAAGCCGAGCCUGAACCAGCAGCCACAUCAUCUUCGAAUACCACGACGUUAUCGACCGCAAUGAAAGCGACCACUGCAACCGUGCCCGAAACUACGAUCGCGGCGGAUAUCGUUACGGCUACUACCACCACUGUCACUACCACUAUCACUACUACUCCCACCACUACCACCGCCACCGGUGCCGCCGAAUUGGUUUUACCUUCGCUCGACUCGCUCGCGGAAAGCGGUAUCAUGAGAGUCGAGAUGAGUCCUGGCGGAACAACCGGUACCAUUGUUCAAACUAGCGAAACAACAGCGCAAAUUAAUCUGUCGAAUGUAGCGGUACCUGCGCCAGAUUUGCCAUGUUUGGACGAUACCGCUCCUACAAUACCAACCGUACCGACUGUACCAACCGCUCCUGUGUCCACGUCCUUGACAGAAAACAAUUCGAAUUCUGUUGAAACAUCCAUCACUACGGCAUUGUCGGCUGUCACAGCAGCGACAUCCACCGUUACCAUGUCAGUAACGUCGGCCGACGCCAAGACUGAAGACAAGAUAACGGAAGAGAGAAAAGUGACGACAGACGACGCGUCGUCCAAUCUGGUUACUAUAGCGGAACACGGUGUCGUUUAUCAAGUCGCGGGCCAAGCGGAAGACGGACAAACGCUCUUAGUAACGCGCGGUGCCGAUGGCGAACAACAAUGCGUAUAUGUAACUACUGAACAGCAAGGAGACGACGGUUCUGUUUUGACAUUGGAUCACGCGGUUGCCGAGGCUGUAGCACAAUUGAUUCCUGAUCAGGUAAAUCUUACUCCCCAGUUUUAUGUAAAGGAGGACGGAGCGGAACCGACUGAAAAUCCAAUGGUGAUGUCUAUAAUGGAUAACGCGAAUGCGACCGAUGUAACCGGGACGCAAGAGGAUAACGAUGGACAGGCGCAAGUUGUGGCUCAAGUGGUACAAGCUGAUGAACCCACUCCAGGGGGAACUAGGAGAGUGGUAUUGCUCUUACCAGAUGGAAAUUUGAUGAUGACUGAAGUGGACGAAGAACAAUACGCUGCAUUGGAACUUGACAAGUGAAGACAUCAUUUUGAUGUACGUUAAAGAAAUAUCACGGUAAUGCAUCGAAUUACAAGUUAUGCGUAAAUUGUACGUUUAAAACGUGAUCGUGAAUUGUGUAUAUAUAUAAGAACGUUCACUUCUUAGUUACACAUUGGUGACGUCUUAUAAUAUUAAAGCGACUAGGUAUUGUAUGUAAAGCGGAGAGACAGAGAGAACUGAUAUAAUGUAAAAAAAAAAUCACAUCAAGAAAAAUCUAAAUUUUAGAUUAAAAUACAUUUUAGAAAUGUAUGUUUCAGUGUAAAACACUUUAUUGGUAUCUCCAUUUUCGUGUUUAACUUUUAUGAUAUAAAAUAUAUAGUACACACAUAUACACUUUAUUCACACACGCGCGCACACACACACACACAUACACACGUCAUAGAAUAUAAAGAUAAAACUACUUUCAAUGGAGUGACAUCAUUAUAGUAUGUACGAAGUAAGCAUUGUAUUUGUAGGAUAGUAAAAUAUAAUAUGGGGUUUUAUAUUUUCCAAUCAAAUAAUGAGCUUUGCUAAAAAAAGAAAAAAAUCUUAUUCCAUGCAUACAAAGUUCAAAGUGAUGAUAUAGAAUAUUCAUCGUGUCGGACGCAUCUAUGUAAAGGGUUUAAAGAUUUAUUCUCAUUGAUAAAACGUGAUGAAGAAAGGAUAGCAAAAUAUUUGUCAGAAUUUUCUUUUUUUUUUUUUCUUUCUUUUAAAUCUUUUAAAUUUGUACAUGUUUAUCGAGCAUGAUUAAAAUGGAAUAUUCUUGUAUGUAUUAUGCCUUUAUCUUAUAUUCAUUAUAUGAUUGUAACUCAUGUCUUAUAAUUGAUUCAAGUGGAUGCACUAGUGUACAAAUUUAAAAUAUCCGAUAUAGCAACAUUUUAAAUCGCUAUGCGUACUCUCAAAUUUACAUAAAAAUGUAUUACUCUUAACUGAAAAUGUUCAAUAUAUACAAUGUUAUUUUACCAAAUGUGAUAAAUUACACUGAUGAUGUCUCUGAGUUGUGUACAACAGUCUUUAAUGUGCUCCAAGUCAAUAAAUUUCUGGUGCGUCCAAUCGAAGUUGCUAUUACAUUACAUGGACUAUGUAUGCUUAUCUAUAUGAUAAAUAAAUGCACUCUAACAAAACACUUAUAAUUUCUGAACCUAUAAAGCUUAAAAUAUAAUGUUGUUGAACGGAGUAUAAACAAGCCUACUAUUCUUAAACCCGUUCCUAUUAGUUGUAGACAAUUCUAUAAAUAUUUAAAUGUAUAACGAUAAGUAUUCAACCAAUAUAUUGUUUACAUUACGAUGUUUAUCUAUUUAUGAAGAAAAAAAGAAAAUGCGCGAUUUUCUCAAUAAAAACGAUCAUGUAUCAAUUCCAUUUCAAUUUUUUUU